AUGGCAAAAAUCGUUUCGGGACUACCAGUACGCUUAAUAUCAUCAGUAAUGAAAAAGUCAUCGUCGAAUCUAAAAAGUGGUAGAAGUAAUCGCACCAAAAUAUCAACAAAUAUUGUGUUGCUUUUUUGCUUAUUGGCGCGGUUAUCUUACGCUGAUUCAGCGUCACUUAAAGUUGAUUGUCGAAAAUAUGGCAACAGACAUGUAAUCGCGGAAGAUGGUUGCCAGCCAGUAAUGGUUCAAUUGAAUGUCUGUUCUGGUUUUUGUAGGACAUUUUCCUUCUACGAUAUAGACUCGGAAAAAGUCACCGUAAUUGGAAAGUGUUGUCGAAUGGUGGAAAACAUAUGGGUUAACGUUACACUGAAUUGUUCAGAUGGUCAUCGAGUCGUCAGACUACCAAGUGCAACUGAAUGUCGUUGUUUUGACUGUGCAGCUGAUCGUUGA